AUGUCUUCUUUUGAACCAGUUAUCAUUGACGGUAAGGGCCACUUGUUGGGUCGUUUGGCUUCCACUGUUGCCAAGCAGCUAUUGAACGGUCAGCAGAUUGUUGUUGUCAGAGCCGAGUCUUUGAACGUUUCUGGUGAGCUAUUCAGAAACAAGUUGAAGUACCAUGACUACUUGAGAAAGGCCACUCGUUUCAACAAGACCAGAGGUCCAUUCCACUUCAGAGCCCCAUCCAGAAUCUUCUACAAGGCUGUCAGAGGUAUGGUUGCUCACAAGACUGCCCGUGGUAAGGCUGCUAUGGAGAGAUUAAAGGUCUUCGAGGGUGUCCCACCUCCAUACGACAAGUUGAAGAGAGUUGUUGUUCCACAGGCUUUGAGAGUUUUGAGAUUGAAGCCAGGUAGAAAGUUCACCACCUUGGGUAAGUUGUCUUCCACCGUUGGCUGGAAGUACGAGAACGUUGUUGCCAAGUUGGAAGAGAAGAGAAAGGUCAGAUCUGCUGAGUACUACUCCAAGAAGAGGGCCUUCAACAAAACGGCUGCUGCUGUCAAGGCUAAAUAUGAUGCUAAGUCCGAGAUCGCUGAGGAUUUGGCCAAGCUCGGUUACUAA